AGAGGGCGGUGUUACAGGGAGAUACCGGAUGUGAGCACACAAAGUUCAAGAGAAGGAGGAGGCGCUAACGUGGGAGUUUGUUUUAUAUGAAAACAAAAGUGAUUGUAGAAUAUGUGGUAAGAAGCGGUGACGUGAGGUGUGUGUUUACCCGGGCACGAUGACUACUCAGAGAGUGCUUCCUCAGAGCAAAGAGACUCUACUGCAAAACUACAACAAGAGGCUCAAAGAUGACAUCCGCUCCAUCAUGGACAACUUCACAGAAAUAAUCAAGACAGCGAAGAUUGAGGAUGAGACACAGGUAUCCCGACCUACUCAGGCAGAGCAGGACCAUUAUGAGAUGCAUGUCAGAGCAGCCAACAUUGUACGUGCCGGCGAGUCCCUCAUGAAGCUGGUCUCCGACCUGAAGCAGUUCCUAAUUCUGAACGACUUUCCCUCCGUGAACGACGCCAUCAGCCUGCAGAACCAGCAGCUCCGCUCGCUACAGGAAGAGUGCGACAAGAAGCUCAUGUCACUCCGUGACGAGAUCGCCAUCGACCUGUAUGAGCUAGAGGAAGAAUAUUACUCCUCCAGGUAUAAGUAGGCUCAUACUUGCCCCCAUCCCCCAUCCCAUUGCGCCUCUGUCGUCCCAUUCCCAGCACCGCUGUUUCACAUUUCACCAUUUACACUGAGCCCUGGGAAGGGCUUGUGUCGGUGUCUAAACUGAGCUUUUCAUCAAAAUUGUUAUAGGUCUUUGUAAUGAACCUCAUCUCACCACAAGCGCCUUUACAUUGUUACUAUUUAGUGCGUGCCUUGACCUUUUUAAAAGAAAUCAGAGAUGAUUAGAGGGAGGUCUUCAGUCUUAAAGUGGCAUGCCAUUAAAUAUCAGCACUUUUUGGAACCAAAAACAGUAGAUUUACUGCAGGGUUACUUCUAAUGGUUGGUGCUAGAUCAAAUCAACUAGAAGAGACACUAUAUUCUGCUGUGAUUGGUUGUUUCAUGGAUAGGUGACUGAUGAAGAUCUAGGAAAAGAUCUUGUUCAUAUUUUCAUUGUCCCUUGUGAGUAGCAGGCGAUUGGUUAUCACCUGUCUGAUUUAAAAACUACCCAAUCACAGCAGAGCUACUAGUCACUGCCUAGGAACUAGUCUGAAGCGUCUGAUGGCCUAGAGCAGGAGUGGCGGGACUCCACACCUCAAGCGCUGGUGUCCUGCAGGUUUUAGAUGUGCCCUUGAUCCAAACACAGUUGAUAUAAUUGGCUAAAUUACCUCCUCAAAAUGUCUUGGAAGUUCUCCAGAGGCCUGGUAAUGAACUGAUCAUUUGAUUCGGGUGUGUUGACCCAGGAUGAUAUCUAAAAUCUGCAGGACACGGACCAUUGAGGCCUGGAGUUCCCCUCCCCUGGCCUAGAGAGAUGUUUACCCAACAUUAUCUGGUACACGGGAGAGAUUCAGCAUUUAUAAAUGUUAGUAUUGAGAAGUCCUUGUUCAUUUAUAGUAAUAGAAAAAAUGGAAAGAAUGAACAGAGUUUAUUAAAAAUCUAUCAUUUAAAGCACUUGAUUUGCUGUUGUAUCCAUGGAUGAAUUGUUGAAAUUUGCUGGGUACUUCAAAGAACACGCAUAUACAUCUAAUGUCCUAAAGCUAUAUGGAUUUAUAGAUUUUUUUUUUUUUCUGUGUGUAAAAGUAUCAUUUUAAUCAAUUUAAGAUUAUUUAUAUGUAGUAUUUAAGUCAAAUAAAGUUGUGAUGACCUUUUGUGUUACAUUUUAAGGAUGGACUGUGCAGUUAAACACACGCGUUUGCUGUUAUUUAUUAAGAGUUUCCACAAUAGAUGUUUUUCAUUCCGUCCCUUAAAUCUAAAAGGUGUAACCUUAACAUCAGUGUCAGCCAGUCACACGGUGCAGUUGUACAUGUUUACCAGUUUUUGCCCGCUGUUCCAAGAGACCCAGGAUGAUUAAGAAAUAAAGUAGAGACAAAAUGUUGAA